AUGGGAGCACUUGAUCCACAAAGCAGAGACAAGGCAUGGGAGCCUUUAGCUAUGGGCGUUGUUUCACCUGAACUAGGAAACGGAAAUCAAGAGAAAACUACAUUUCCAGACUGCACAGAACCGAAAACCAAAAUUUACCGAUCGUACGACCCUAUUAAAGAUCUGAAUGAUCGCUUACAAGCGAAACUUAAAGAAGAAGAGUUUAUUUUCGCAGAUGAUGUAGAAUCAACUACGACAUCAGGUAGUUGCGACCAGGAUCAGCGGAUACGCUAUUCAUCGCUAAUUACGAAUAUAUUGAUUAAGCUUUGCGAAGAGAUUGAACUUAUUUUGGGAAAGGAUAGAGGAACAGAAGUUCAACAAGUUUUGUCGGGGAAACAGCUUUCGGUGGUGUUAUCAGCUUUACAAUUUUUUGUUGCCACUUCUAUUGCACCGUAUUUGGAGAAAGGGGUUGGAUACGAAGUGGAAACACGUUCAAAACUGGUAAAACAUUGGUCACUUUUUGAAGGUGAUACAGCCAUUAGGCAAAAAAACCUAGGGUCAGCGAUUCAAACUCUGUUUCGCAUAAUGAAAGUGACUGCUGAGUUGAGAUCGAUGGUCGUUAGUCAUUUUUUGGGAGACCUGAUUUGUGCAAAUGAGCAGAUGAUUAGCAUCUGUGACUGUUCACUGAAGGGCGAUUACGAAAUGUUUAUCAACAACGAUGUUUCCAGACCUGCCUUGAUGUAUGAGCUAUUUUCCUUGCUGAGUCGUAACAAUCCUCAAAAGCGUCCAACUCCACCCAGUUGGUUCCAGUUAGCUAUAGGUCGCAGACUAUCUGAACUCAUUUUAGAACCCAACGGGUUGUACCAUUUAACAACUGCGCUUACUGACAGUAAGCUUUUUGUUAUUUCAAGAGCUGCUUACGGUGAAGAUAGCGUGUACAGUAAAUGUGAUUUUAUAGAUGGUUUGCAUAUGUUUGAAAAUUACGGAUUUGUUCAUCAGCUGGCACGAGUUUUAGCCAAAAGACCACAGUUUUUGCAAAAUGAUGAUAAACGACGGCCACUUUAUUACGGAACUGUUUUGAAACAGUUCUUGCAGGUCAUGCAAUUACAUCCGAUGGCCAAGUACGUAGUGAAUUGGUUUUCCUCUACUCUUGUUGCUUUUCAUGGGGUGGUCCCUCGUGCUGUUGAAAUCUGCAUUUUUGAUACGCUUCUGCAUCCUUGGGAGCUGUUGUCAGCGACUCCGCUUUCUACUGAUCUUGGCAAUAUGACUUGGGACUAUCGACUGGAUGCAUCUUUGAAAACAAUUGUAUUUUACAUGAAAGGCUUACCGCCAUCAGCUAAUAUCCUCUACCUGAAUCGGUUUUUAAAUGUUUUCCCUUUGUGGCUUCAGAUGUACGGUAGCGUACUAAUAACGCAGGACGAAAGAGCAAUGACAGAAAAAUGUGGUGAAAUUUUUUUGGAGGAUGUGGGCUUUUUGCUUGGAAGGAUCUUAGCAGAUCCAGGGUUAGGAAGUGAUGAUAAAAUGGCAUUAUUUUUAUUGGAACAGCUCAACGGAAAGUGGUUUCACAUUUUCGGUGCAAUAUCAAUAGAGUUGAAAGGAAAACCAAAAGUGAUGGAGAUGUCCCUGGAAGACGGUGACAGUAAAGACCCUAAAAAUUAUGCCAUGAAGUACAGUGAUAUUGAACUGUUCCGCAGAUUGGACAAAAAUGAUGAAAUGUCCUGGCUGAAUCGCAUCGUUCGUGGCAUAAUGCAGCUACUUAAGGUAGUGGAUAAAUCUUACUCACAAGCUUUUUCGUUGUGCCUUUUUUCGCACUGCUUACAGCAAUCUCGAAGAAAGAACAAUGAAGAGGAUAAGGAGCAAAAUGACAGCCGUUUCCUUUCAGAGAAUUCUUCAUUUUUUGAACCAGAAGGAAGUGUGAAGAUGCGAAUACAGUAUUUAAUGAGUCACUUCGAUGAGGUUUUUGCCGAUAUUAAUUUAGAGUCGGCAGAAGUGCUUCUUUCGGCUGUUAAUGUUGCUAAGGUCAUACUGGAGAUGGCGUGUAAUCGACUUGAACGUAUGAGUAGCAACGAAUCCUUCGAUGUUGUCUCUAAAGAGAUGAAGGAAUUUAAUGAUCAGCUGUUUGAUCUAAAACUGAAGACUGUUGGGAUUGCUGUUGCUCUCGUCAGCGGAGCGCUUCUUAAGGCUGUAAAAAAUGAUAUGCCCGAAAAUAGAUUUGCUGCUGUGAUGACAAGUAGUAAGCAGCUUCUUGAUAUUCUUAAUUCUAUGGGAAUUACUGGUCAGUCUUCAUUUAGUUCGGACAUAAGGUCAGAAAGUACACGACCAGUUAGAACAAAUAACGGAAUGGACGAGAUAUAUCGUGAUUUAGAAAGUGUUGAGGAACCAGUAAAAGGUCAUGCAUUGAUUCUUCUUGCCCGUCUGGUAAGGAAGCGUAAUAAGGCUGCAUUGGAAAGGAUAGAAAAAGACCCAGAUAUUAUGAAAAAAAUUCUUAAGCAAUUGGUUAACUGUGAUUCAUACGUGUAUUUGGCUGCCAUAAAUGCUAUGGCUGAACUUGCGUAUUGGAAAAAACAAUAUUUUAAUAUGGUUGUUGAGUUCUUCGUAAAUCCAGUCAGUACGCUGCAGGAUGUUGCUGCAGAAGAAGGUCCGGAUUUUUUAAAUGCUAAAAAAAAAGACUUCCUUGUCAUACAACGUGUUAAAGUUGGUGAGGCACUAGCAAAAGUUUGUCGAGCGUUAGGUGAUAUGGCACCAUGGCAUUUUGAACGUUUGAUUGACCCUUUACUCUUCAUGGUUAAACACACUCGUGAUACACAUCUGAAGGCUUCUUGCGUUAGUGCUCUUGCAGAUUUGGUCUUAGCAUGUAAAGGACGGGGAUUUCAUAAUGUUCUGAACGAAUUGCUGUCUAUGAUCCAAGGUUAUUUAAAUGGUGGUCGUGGACCAAUACUUCGUCGUGCGUGCAUGACUUUGCUGCGGUCGCUAAUAGUAUCCUUUGACACUUCGCUGAUAGCGGGCCUCUCGGCACAGCUGCUUGACAUCCAUCGGUUGUUAAGGCGUUCGCUUCUAGCUGAUGAAGAUGAAGGAAUCAGGUUGCUUGCUGAACUUUGUCUAAUUGAUAUAAAAGAGCAACUGAAUGCACCUGUGGAUGAAAUGGACGAGAUGAGACUGAGGAAAAUACGUAUUCAAUGA